ACAGAUGAGAAAAAUGAGGCUCAGGGAUGUAUCGUCAUAUAUUGCCUGAUCUGGGCUCAAGCUCUGGAAGUUACAGUGCCAUUUAAAAUCAUUCCAGACAGCUGUAUCUUCUAGAAAAGGGGUGUUACAGCUGUCUUGAGUCCAAUUCCCUCAUUUUGGAGGCUAGGUAACUAGGCUCAGAAUGAGAAAGGGCUCACCCAAGGAAACACAGUAUGUUUGAAGCAGUACUGGAGCUAGAGCAUUGCCUUGCAAGGAUGUGAGUUCCUGGACCCAUGAGACUUGCAAGCUGUUCUUGUCUUUCAGGGAUGGUAAGGGAAAUCUAUAUGGUGUGAUAGAAAGCAAAGGAUCACUGAACUAGUUGUCUGUCGUUGUUUAGCUCUGUGACCUUGGGCAAGUCACCUAGCCUCUAUGAGUUGGUUUUCUUUUCUGUUAAUUGAGGCUGAUAAUCCCUGAGAACUUUCUGAGGCUGAAAUCUCUGGGUGACUGCUGUAGUGGAGGGGCCUGACACUUGGUAGGCUCUCUGGAAAGGAUUUGUUAGUGAAAGGCUUACACAUGAAUAAAGAGGAGCCGCAAAUAUGAACUUAGUUGCUGGGUGACCUUGAACAAAUCCCAUUGUCUUUGUGCCUCAUUUCUCUCUGUUACAACUUGGAGGCCUCUUUUACUUUCCUCCCUUGGAAGGAUAGAAUCCCUACGUCCCAGCCCAUGUCUUGGGUCAUUGGUGGGAAGCUGGGAUUUUUUUUCUUUAUAAGAAGCUUUCUUUUAUUUACCCCCAGCUCCACCCACCUCGCAACCUGGCCACACAUGGUGCUAUGAAUACCAGACUAGCUUUCUCUAUCCCUAUCUCCUGAAAAGAUAAAAGAGGAAUGUGGAAGAAAGCCAAAGUUAAUUGUGUUUUUACUUAGUGCCUUUUCAAGUCCAUCAAGCCAGAAUCACCUAGGCACUUGGAAAUUAUAAAACAAUUCUUUGCUCCCAGGUCCUUAGCUAGAAUUUGUGAUGAGCAUUACUGGAUUUCAUGAUAUGAUUAAGAGUUAUGUUAGAAAUUGAAGGCUGUGGACAAAUGACCUAAUUAGAACAAAUCUGCACUUUUCGCCUUUAUCUGUAUCGUUUUGUUUGGGAAAUUCUCAUUGCCCUGGGGACAGGGCAAGAAGAUAAAGACUACUGUAUAGUUCUUUUAUUCCUGCCACAUUUGUCUUUUCUCACAAUUCUAUGAGGUGAGCAAGGCCAGGAUUCUUCCCAUUUUAUGGCUAAGUAAAUUGAAACUAUCAGUGUUUCCUCUUAAAAGCAGUGGUGUACUAGAAAGAGCAUAGCAUAUAUAGUUAGCUGUUAUCAACCCACCCAUACCAAAUGGCCUUGGGCAAGGAGUUCAUUCUAAAGAUGCCUUCUGCACUUUGUUUCUAUCUAUGUCUUAUUAUAAAAGUUAAUCAAGAUAGCAGAGAAAACUAGGCAGAUUUCACUAUAUAACUCUGGCUAGGUUGGCACUGAACCACUAAUAGGCAGCUCAGGUACAUCUAUUUGACCUAUGAUAAGUCCACCCACAUAUCGUCCAGGGAUGCAUGAGAGGCCUUGCCAAAUGCAGAAGAGUGGCCCUAGAUCCUGUGACCCUUUGUGCCCUGUUUGGAGGUUUUCUCUUUGUAGAUUUAUCUGGUCGUGCCUUGAGCCUAAAAGCUGGCUUAGUACCAUCACUAGUUCCCACAGUCAUCCCAAAGGAUGGGGAAGGAAUGCUUUAGGUAAACCCCAUCUCAUUUUGCCUGAGCUUUAGUGAAGAUUGUAUGCCUUUAGGACUUUAUCCCUUUUACUCCAGGUGGCUCAGGACAUUGGAAAAAUGAGUGUGGAAUGACAAAUGUAGGGAGGCAACCAGUAGCUUGUCCAGAGCUAGAGGGGGCCUAGCUAGAACGAGACAGCUGUAGGUGCUAAUCCAUAUGCACAUAUCUGUGUACUGUCUUUUUGUAGUGGUGGUGGGAGGGACCAAUGUUAGUCCAUGAUGCUUAAACUGAGAAAGUCACUGGAUGAGAAUGAGGAAGAACCCAUAAGCCCACUCCCUUACAGUACUGCUUGGGAACCUGCUGUCUGGGGAGAGUCAAGGACUUGCCCAAAGUCUCAUAGUUGGUCCUUGAUCCUUGUCUUGUCUCUCUGUUCAACUCUUGGCUGCUAGACCUCAUAUUUUUGAGGCCUCUUAGAUAAAUGGAGUGGUGGCUAACCCUCUUGGGGAAAGCACCUAUGAACACCAUAUUCAGAAAGUGACAGAUGAAAUUCAAACCCAUGUCCUCUGACCUGCUUAGGAGCAGAUUAAUCCAAGUGUCUUAGAGGACACCUGUUAGAAACAAAUUGCACAGGAGGAAAAUUAGUUCAGUCUUGCUGUCUAUCCAUGCCCUCUACCCAUACCCACAUGUACAUACACACACUAUAGGUCACAUGUGAUGCACACACUGAGACAUAUGUCCAGUAUAUUUGGGAUACACAUGGGAUACACAUGUGGGAUAUGCUUUCACAUUGACACACUUGGAGCACACACAUUCAGUUAACCAUAGGGCACACUCACUUGCACACACUUGGCACAGGUAGGGUACAUAUAUACAGACACAUGUAAGACAUGCUUAUGCAAAUUUGUGUGUGGACACACAUGGAUACAUAUAAAACAUAACUGUACACUCACACUCACACUGAGAUGCAUACUCAGAUAUACGUCUACCCCCAAGCACACACUCCUAAUGACUUACAUGGACAAACAACUCUCCCACCUUGAGACACAUUUGAACACACCUAUGGGACACACUCACAUGCCCCACACAUCCCUAUGGGACACUCUCUGAUGCAGAACACAUUCUAAGGCCAGCUGUCUCAGUCUUCCAAGUGGGCAAAACAGGGCACUGGCUCCAUCUGGUGGGCCUCUAUCACUUUGCUCUGCACCUUUAUCUCUGAAAUCAGGCUUCAGAGGGCAGUGAGCUCAGGAAUAAAAUGGAUACUCAAGGUGGCAUGUGUUAUAGCAGGCUCUACCAGUCAAACAAAACUUAGAACUGAGCCCUGAGAUGUUAACAGGCAGAUGGAGAAGAUAAAUUGACACUGGUCAAUGCAGAAAGCUUGAGCCUGCUCCUCUAUCCCCCAGUGUAGUUACAAACCAUUAGGGAAUGAUAUGAUUGUGAAGUAAUAUCCUAGAAAACCUAAAGUAACUGAAUAUUAAAGUUUGUUUUUCUUGGGAAUGAAGUAACAACUUGGGCCAGAGUAAGUAUAUCUAAAUUGUGGGUGGGAGGGUGUGAGGGGAAGUAGUAGGAUGCAUAAAGGGGGGCAGAGGCUCAGCCUCUCCUUGGCCAGUGGUGGUAGGAGAGAAUAGCCACAUGCUUAAUGACCACAGCCCUGCCCCUAGGCAUACCAGCUUAGGCCAUCUGGCCCCACUAAUGAGGGCUAUUUUUAGAGUUUCUCAAGCUAGAAACCAGGUCGGGGUGUCCUGGGGAGGCCUUUCUGGCCCUUAGUACCAAAGGCUGGAGCUGAAAGAGGGGGCCCUAGAUUGGAUCUGGGUGAAGGGUGGGAAGCAGUGAGACAGGUGGCUAGAAUAUGCCAGGUCUGCCCUGGAGCAGCAACCUCAGAGCCCCAGUGGAUUACUGUUGACUGUGACAGCCUCAUAUCUGUUUCUGAACUUUGGACUUGAGAUCAAGAAAAACACAUUUCAGUUGCUAUUCUGCCACUUAGGGUAUGUCUCAGUCAGGUUUCCUUCCUCUGUCUGAGUCUUAUUUGGUCUAUAGGUAAAAUCGUCAGUAUUGUCUCUCAGACGCCGGCAAGGCUCAGAAUUGAGAAAAUGCUUUGCAGAUGUAUUUGUUCUUCACCAACAGAUCUGUACUUACCCUAUCCCUAAGCUGGUCUCGAUGCAUGCCAGCUACUGAGCCUGACUUACAGAGUAGCAGUAGAAAAAAGGCCAAAAAGGGGGCCAGGGAGAGGCAACCUCAUGAUGUCAGGUUGGUCAGAGUCCUUCUUGGAUCACCCUCACUCAUACAGAUGCUUUUCAGUGCCAGGUCAAUCCUUUCCCAGAACACAGGUUUGCAACAUUUAGGUGGUCAUAUAGCUUUUGCUCCUCAGGAACUCUAUGUAGGGAAAGUGGGGAGCAUCAGAAAUAGAGUCUCCUUCCUAAACUAGAAAAGGCAAUCUCAGAUGGCCUGUACCUGCCACCUGCCAGAGGAAGUAGCCUCGAGUGCCAGUACUGGCUCUGAUAAAGUGUCUUAUUCUAAGUUCUGUGCCCAGGGCCAUUUCACCUGCUUUGUUGAAGGGGAUGGGUCGGGAACUAGACUAUGUAGCACAAGUUCAGAUUUCUCCUCAUCCCAUAAAUUGUGGGCAAAUUCCUUCUGAGUCUGUUUUCUGGUCUGUAAAAUGGGCUUAACUGUUAAGUUUCAGGAUUGUGGGGUGCAAGAAUUCAUGGUGACAAAGUAUGUGAAAAGUGCCUUGUAAAAUGUUGAACAUGUUUUACUAUUAUUAAGAGUUCAACCAGGGUGUGAUUACAGGUACUUUGGAGGUAAUCUAGGAGCUUAUCUUCAGUCUAUUUCUCAACUCCUUACCCCUACCCUUUUUAAAGUAGUAUUGUCUCCAUUUUGCAGAUGGGGAUACUGAGUCUCAGAGAAGGAGGGACCAGCCUGAAGAUACAGGAUUAGGUAGUGGUGGAUUCAGGUCUAGAAGCCAUGCCUUCAGAUUAUAUUCAGUGUUCUUUCUAUGGCCCCAAGCUACCACCCAAUGAAUUCUAGUGCUAAAAGGAAGCUGCUGGUGGCAACUUAAAAUAUGUUAAAAAUUUAGCUUUGUCUCUGACACAUAGCAAGGAAUGGGGGCUCUCUGGGACCCAGCCUUCCCCAGAAGUGUCCUGCUUACCCACGAGAGGCACACUGACUGACCUGUCAUCCCUUCCACAGCAGCUCAUGUCCUACUUGUCUCUUGCAUAUUAGAAGCAGUGAAGCGUUGGAGAAGAUGCUAAGCUGUUGUGAGAGGGAAUUGUGCUGCCCAUUUAAUUCACUUCAGGAGGAUCCCUGAAGGCACUUGAUCUACCUUGGCCACCCCCACCUCCUCACAGCUUCCUGGGUACAGAAGCUCUGUGUGACUGACCUGCCUAAGGGAUUGGGCCUAAAGCUGAUCACUGGAGAUUCCAUCGUUAGUGCUGAGGCAGUAUGGGAUCACGUCACCAUGGCCAACCGGGAGUUGGCAUUUAAGGCUGGCGACGUCAUCAAAGUCUUGGAUGCUUCCAACAAGGAUUGGUGGUGGGGCCAGAUCGACGAUGAGGAGGGAUGGUUUCCUGCCAGCUUUGUGAGGCUCUGGGUGAACCAGGAGGAUGGGGUGGAGGAAGGGCCCAGUGACGUUCAGAAUGGGCACCUGGACCCCAACUCAGACUGCCUUUGUCUGGGCCGGCCACUCCAAAACCGGGACCAGAUGCGAGCCAACGUAAUCAAUGAGAUCAUGAGCACCGAGCGUCAUUACAUCAAGCACCUAAAGGACAUUUGUGAGGGCUACCUGAAGCAAUGCCGGAAGAGAAGGGACAUGUUCAGUGAUGAGCAACUGAAGGUGAUCUUUGGGAACAUUGAAGACAUCUACAGGUUUCAGAUGGGCUUCGUAAGAGACCUGGAGAAACAGUACAACAAUGAUGACCCCCACCUCAGCGAGAUAGGACCCUGCUUCCUGGAGCACCAAGAUGGAUUCUGGAUAUACUCUGAGUACUGUAACAACCACCUGGACGCCUGUAUGGAGCUCUCCAAACUGAUGAAGGACAGCCGCUACCAGCACUUUUUUGAGGCCUGUCGCCUCUUGCAGCAGAUGAUUGACAUUGCUAUUGAUGGUUUCCUUUUGACGCCAGUGCAGAAGAUCUGCAAGUAUCCCUUACAGUUGGCUGAGCUCCUCAAGUAUACCGCCCAGGACCAUAGUGACUACAGGUAUGUGGCAGCUGCUCUGGCUGUCAUGAGAAAUGUGACUCAGCAGAUCAAUGAACGCAAGCGGCGCUUGGAGAAUAUUGACAAGAUUGCCCAGUGGCAGGCCUCUGUCCUAGACUGGGAGGGCGAGGACAUCCUAGACAGGAGCUCGGAGCUGAUCUACACUGGGGAGAUGGCGUGGAUCUACCAGCCCUACGGCCGCAACCAGCAACGGGUCUUCUUCCUGUUUGACCACCAGAUGGUCCUCUGCAAGAAGGACCUGAUCCGGAGAGACAUCCUGUACUACAAAGGCCGCAUUGAUAUGGAUAAAUAUGAGGUAGUUGACAUUGAAGAUGGCAGAGAUGAUGACUUCAAUGUCAGCAUGAAAAAUGCCUUCAAGCUUCAUAACAAGGAAACUGAGGAGAUUCACCUAUUCUUUGCCAAGAAGUUGGAGGAGAAGAUACGCUGGCUCAGGGCUUUCAGAGAAGAGAGGAAAAUGGUGCAGGAAGAUGAAAAAAUCGGCUUUGAAAUUUCUGAAAAUCAGAAGAGGCAGGCUGCAAUGACUGUGAGAAAAGUCCCGAAACAAAAAGGUGUCACCUCUGCUCGCUCAGUUCCUCCUUCCUACCCACCACCGCAGGACCCGUUAAACCAGGGCCAGUACCUGGUCCCUGAUGGCAUCGCUCAGUCGCAGGUCUUUGAGUUCACCGAACCCAAGCGCAGCCAGUCACCAUUCUGGCAAAACUUCAGCAGAGCAAGAAUUUUUAUUUCUGUCUGGCCAUCUCCUCCUCCAAAAACUCUGGAGCCAAACUGCCUGAGUUCGAAUCCCAGCUCCAUCAUCCACUUCCUAGCUGUGGGACCAUAAACAGAUGGCAUCCCCUCUCUGAGCCUCAUUUUCCUCACCUGUCAUAUGGGAAUAAAAGUAGUUAGUAAUUACUUUGCACAAUUGUUAUAAGGAGUAAAUCAGUUUACAGCUAACAUGGAAAAUACCACAAUGCCUAAGACAUAGUAAACACUCAAAUUGUUAAAAGUGGGGCCUUACAGUUUCUCAAAAAGUUUGACAUGCAGUUACCAUAUCAACAUCAAUUCCAUUCCUAACGAUAUACCCAAAAGAAAUGAAAACAUGUCUACACAAAACCUUGUACAUAAAUGUUCAUAGAAGCUUUAUUCAUAAUUGCCAAAGGUGGAAAUAACCAAAUGUCCAUCAAGUGAUGGAUAGAUAAAAUGUGUUAUAUCUCUAUAACAGAAUAUUAUUCAACCAUAAAAGAAAUGAAAUACUGAUAUGAUACUGAUACUACAAUGGAUGAAACAUUAUGCUAUGUGAAAGAAGCCAAACUCAAAAGGCUUUUUUAUGGUUCCAUUUAUAUGAAAUAUCAAAAAUAAGCAAAUCCAUAGAGACAGAAAGUGA